AUGCCGUCCCGCAACUGGCGAGCCGCCCUCAUCGUCGGCUGCACGCUGCUGCUGACCCUGCCCCUCUACCAGCUGCGCGACCACCAGGCCGCCGGCUACUACAAGCAGUACAUCUACGACCACCUGUCGCCCUAUCUGCAGGGCCAGGGCGUCUACAACAACACCCUGUACCGCGAGGGCACCGAGACCGCCGUCCACUCGCAGUGGAACUUCAGCUCGCCUUGCGAUGGCUUCCCCAACAUGGACGGCAUCAUGCUCAUCAUGAAGACGGGCGCCACCGAGGCCUUUGACAAGCUGCCCACGCAAUUGCUCACCGGCCUGCAGUGCAUCGACGACUUUCUCAUCUUUUCAGACCUGGAGCAGCAGAUUGGCAAGUACCACAUCUACGAUUCCCUCGACCGCGUCGACGACAAGAUCAAGGAAAAGUACAAGGAGUUCCAGCUCUACCAGGCGCAGCAGGAAUGCCCCGUCUCGCAAAAGGACUGCACCACGGGCAUGGACGGCGGCUGGGAGCUGGAUAAGUUCAAGUUCGUCAACAUGGUGGUCCGCGCCUGGGAGAUGCGCCCCGACCAGGACUGGUACGUCUUCGCCGAGGCCGACACCUACGUCGUCUGGCCCACGCUGGUGCACUGGCUGCGCGACAAGGUCAAUCCGCGCGACAACGUCUACGUCGGCAGCGUCGCCAUGAUCUCCGGCUUCCCCUUUGCCCACGGCGGCAGCGGCUACAUCGUCUCCGGCGCCCUCAUGCGCAAGAUGGCCCAGAUCCCCGACAUCACAAAGUACGACGAGAAGGCGGGAGAGGAGUGCUGUGGCGACGUCGUCUUCGCCAGGGUCGCCCAGGAGGUGGGCACCAAGGUCAUGAAUGCGCACCCAAUGUUCAACGGCGAGAAGCCUAACACGCUGCCCUACGGCCCUGGCCACUGGUGUGAGCCUCUCUUUACCAUGCACCACAUGAACUCGGAGGAAAUCAGCGCCGUGUGGCAGUACGAGCAGACGCGCACCAAGAAGGUUUUUUUGUCGCAGGACUUUAUGCAAAUCCGGGAAAUGUACUACGCCUUCUUCGCCCCCAAGAUGGUCGCCUACCGAAAAGACUGGGACAACCUGUCGGAUGAUAAUUGCUACAUUGCUCCGGAUGAAGAGAGCCAGAAAAAGGCCACCGGUCAACAGAGAGAUCGGCAGGUCAAGGAGGCAGACAAGAACGUGGUCCAAAAGUAUGCGCAUAACUCACCUGCCGCCUGCGCCAAGGUCGCCAGCGGUGACGUCGCUUUCAAAAAGGACCGCAAAUGCUUCCAGUGGCGGUACCAGAAGAACGUGUGCUGCACGAGCAAGAGCUUCAAGCUCGGCAAGCCGAAGAGGGAAAAGAACGACGCGGACAAGUGGACGAGCGGGUGGUUCGUCCGGGGCAUCAACGACUGGAUCGAGGCAAGGGGCGAGUGUCCUGUUGAGUGGAAGAGCCCUCAUUGA